AUGAGCGCUGGUAAGAUAUUUACGUUCCAGGACGCCAGGUGUUCCCCCGACCCGGUGUUCCAGGUCACGCCGGAAUGUCUGCACCCGUCUCCCGUCCCCAUCGUGGUGGAUAACGGAUCGUUCCAGACCCGGGCCGGCUGGGCCUGUGCGGGGGAAGAGUUCGGCUCUCCGCGGCUGGAGUUUAAACCGGUAGCGGCGCGGAGGAGCAGAGGAGCGGCGCGGAGUGACACUCAGGUCGGGAACGACAUUCCCAGUCUGGAGCCGCUCCGGUGGCUCCUCAAGAGCCAAUUCGACCGAAAUGUGGUCGUUAACUUCGAGAUCCAGGAGCUCAUGCUGGAUUAUAUCUUCCUCCACCUCGGUAUCGGAUCAGAGGGUCACGUGGAACACCCGCUGGUCCUCACCGAGGCGCCGUGCAACCCGCUGCACUGCCGGCAGAUGAUGUCCGAGCUGCUGUUCGAGUGCUACGGCGUGCCGCGCGUGGCGUACGGCAUGGACGGACUGUUCAGCUUCUACUACGACGGCGUACGGCGCGGCCACGGGGCGCCGCACACCGGCCUGGUAGUUUCAUCGGGGUAUCACUGCUCUCACGUGCUGCCCUUCAUCAACGGCAGACUGGAUGCUGCUAACUGCAAGCGCCUGAACGUCGGCGGGAGUCACGCAGCAGCGUACAUGCAGAGACUUCUUCAGCUGAAAUACCCGGCACACCAGGCCGCCAUCACACCCACCCGCAUGGAGGAGCUGCUGCACCAUCACUGCUACGUUGCUGUGGAUUACCAGCACGAGCUGGAGAGGUGGCGGAGCGCCGAAUUUUACGAGGCCGAGGUCCACCGCAUGCAGCUGCCGUUCUCCGAGAAGGGGGCGGGCGUGUACGCGGGCGUGGACGAGAGGCAGGAGAGACGAGCGCAGCAGCAGCGCAGGCACAGAGAGGAGAGACUGCAGCAGGAUCAGGAGAGACUCGACACGCUGGUCUCUGUACAGGAGCUGCUGGAAGAGGGCGCUGUGGAGCAGUUUCACCGGCGCCUCAUGGAGCUGAACAUGGACUCCGCCGAAGAACUGCAGUCCUACAUCCACAAACUCACUUUAAGUGUGGAACAUCAACGACUGGCCAGAGCCGAGAUGACCGAGGUGGAACAGCAGGUAGAUGAAGGUGAUCUAGCGCCUGAUUUAGAUGAGGAGAGCGCACGGGCCGAGAAAGCUCUUAAUAUCCAGCCGGUGUUUAACAUGGCCGAGUACCACCAGCUGUUCGUAGGAACCGAGAGACUCCGGGCCCCUGAGGUUCUCUUUCGGCCGUAUCUGAUUGGCGAGGAGCAGAUGGGCCUCGCUGAGAUGCUGCAGUUUGUGUUGGAACAGUAUCCUCCAGAGACGCAGGCAGCUCUGUGUGAAAACGUCUUCCUAACCGGAGGAAACCUGCUCCAUGGUGGAGUUAAAGAGAGACUGGAGAGAGAACUGUGCACCGUCAGGCCCUUUCAGUCACAUUUUAAGGUCUCUCUGGCAUCUCGGCCGGCCCUGGACGCCUGGUCCGGAGCGCGGGAGUGGGCUCUGAGGAACACGGCCGGGUCUCAGGGCUGGAUCAGCCGCCUGGACUACGAGGAGAAAGGAGGCGAGUAUUUGAGCGAGCACUGCGCCUCCAACACCUUCAUCCCCAUGAGGAUCAGCAGACCAACGUCACGGGCCAAUGAAGUGUCAUCAGGCUCAGAGGUCACGCAGAGCAUCGGCGCAGUGACAAGUUCCGACAGUCACGGUGCUCAGGACUCGAUCAGUGGAACCUCGGAGACUGUGGGGUCACAACAGAACUGAUGACCACUGACUUACAUAUAAAAGUCUGGACGUUUUACUGCCCACUGUUCUUAAAUGAAUGAAAUGAUGUUUAGCUAAAUGUGUAACGGAGGACUGAAAAUGAUGUUUUGGUUUUAAUAAAACCAUUUUUUAAUAAACCGA